AUGGCUGCCCUGGUAGCAGAUCUGGACAAACUCUCGCUCGGAGACCAACCGGCCAGUCACCACCAAGACGACCCCGCUGCCACUAACGAUAUUGACGAGGAUGAGCUCUCGGACACGGAGGUUGUUUUUUUGCCUUUUCGUUUCUUCGAUCUGCCGUCGGAGAUCCGGCUGAAAAUAUACGGAUUUGUUCUUUUCAGUUCACGACGGAAGGCGUCUGCCCGCCCAAGCGGCAAUGUGGGAUCAUCUUCCAAGAAUAAACCGUUGGCACCGCUUUCCCAUCGCCUUUCUCUUUUCCUUGCAUCCCGGCGUCUCCAUGACGAAGCCGCCGCGCUCUUCUACUCGGUCCAGACAUUCCGGGUGUUUCCGAUCCAGGACUACUCGCGCCAGCCGACACUGUCUGCUCUGGGGAGUUCCUACCGGCCUCUGAUAGGCAAAAUCGAGUUGAUCCUAGGAUCAAGCUGGACUGCCCCGCCAAAAUCAUGGAAGAUCAGCCGUUUGGGGUUGACACAAAUGACUGGCGUGAAAAUAUUCAAAAUCUUCAUUCAAUGCGACCCAUCACAUCCCGUGUUUGAAGGAUUUAGGGUAUCCAAUGACUUUUACACUGGAUUUGCUGGUGAAUUGGUUCAUCAGAUUUUGGAGCAGCUUCCAAACCUGGGUCACGUGGAAUUCGACGCUUGGCCGUCCGUUCAGAAGAAUGGAGCUUUGAUGAGACGUCUCCUAUCCGAGGUUCGCACAGCUGGCCAAAAGAUCCAUUGGGGCCCGGAACGUGGCUGGAAUGAUUGGGAGGAUGACAACGGCCGUGUUAUUAGCAAAGGGUCUGGGCAGCCUGACCCUGUGACGGAUACUGACCACGCAGGCUCAAAGGAAGUUAGCCUUGUAUCGUGUUGA